CUCGACACUCAACCCCCUCUUUCACCUCUUCACGUCUCCACGGUCGCACGGCAGGCUCCUUUCGAUCAGUAUCAUAUCUCUAUCCUAACCAACCUCUCCUUGUUUCUAAAUUUCCGGUCGAGCGCUGCAACAUGUCUGAUCUUGACGACGAGCUCUUCGCCCUCGCUGGCGGUGACGAAGAUGUAGACGUUGAGGAAGGCGAGGCGUCCUCGGUCGCCGCCUCCUCGCCGAAUUCGCUCGGAUCCGAUGCCAUGGAUGAGUCCGACUCGGAACGCGAGGACGAUACGUCCGCCAAAGAAAUCUCUACGCUCUACCCGCUAGAGGGUAAGUUCAUCGACGCAAAGGAUCGAAGUCGCAUCCUCAGUCUCCCGGAGAUUGAGCGCGAGACGAUUCUCGGUCAGCGUCAGGAAGAGAUUUCAGGCCAUCAGUUCAGGGCCGAGUUGGCUCGCCGCGCAAAGGCAAGCGAAAAGACGAACGCUGCGAGCGACAAGAAGCGAAAGGCUUCCUCACUCGAACCCGAAGAUGCUCAACGUAAGAGUAGUCGCCAGAAAGUCAAGACCAGGACAAACGACAAUCUGGAGGCGUACAAACAGAAGCGAAAGGAACGCGACCAACAACUCCAACGUAUGGAUGAGCGUCGCAGCGGACGGAGGCACUCGAGCUCCCCUGAGCGAGGUGUCGAAUCCGAUCUAGACGCUGAAGGAGAGAGCGAGCCAGACUGGGAUGAGCAGGAGCGCGUCAAACAAGCAGCCCGCGACGAGCAGCCCGCACAGCUCAUGCACUUUGAGGCGGUUCGAGUUGGUAGAGGCUUCUUCUCGAAGGUAUGCUUCUACCCUGGCUUCGAGGAUGCUAUGGUUGGAACUUUCGCCCGUGUUGGCACCGGUCAAGAUGCCCAGAAGAGGACACUUUACAAGAUGGCGCAGAUCAAGGGCUUUAUAUCUGGCAAACCAUACGUAUUCGAAGGCAAGGAUGGCCAACGAUUGGCAACGGAUCAAUAUGUUGUCACCCAAUACGGCUCCACCAAGAAGGAGUACAAUUUCACUUUCCUUUCCAAUGGUCGCUUCACAGAGGCCGAUUUGGAUUCUUACAGACAGUCACUUCUCGAGUCCAACUCUCGAUUCCCCACAGAGAAAACCCUUAAGAGGAAGUUUGACGACAUCAAGAAGCUCGAGAACCGCUUCUGGACCGACGCUGAUAUUACCGACCGUAUCAAGAAACAGAAUAAAUUCUCGCAUAUCCUGUCUAGGGGUUCAGGAGACAAUCCGGCCCCAAGGAUUGCUACCCAGGCCGAGCUAGAGUCCCGCCGCAUCGCCGAAUUGAACAAGAAGAACCGGAUGCUCGAUUCGGAGCGUGUCCGCAAAGCACAGAUUGAGGAUUAUCAUCGGACACUCAAAGAGAAGAAGCAGCGUGAACGCGAGUGGCAGGCAAAGAAGGCCGCGGAGGAGGCUAAGAAGAGGGCUGAGGAAGAGAAGGCCAAGAAGAAGGCCGAAGCCGAUGACCUGUUCGAUGGCGACUCAAGGACCGGUACCCCACGCUCCGGUACACCAAAGCCCGGAGAGAAGAAAAAGGAACCCAAGAAGGGUCUACCCACAUUCCGUAAGCCUAAGAUGGACGACGACAUCAUUGCCUCGAUGGACAUCGGAAUUGAUAUUGAGAUCUAAUUGACAUCAUUCCACGACGACGGUCCAAUGGAGGGUGAACAAAAGGCACCAAUACCAUGCUUCGGUGUGGUUGCAUCAGACCGCUGCAGAGAGAACCAGCAGUCCUGAUCGCUUGUAUUUUUGGAAGUUUGCAUAGCAAGGAGUCGGGAUGGCAUUCGAUUUACAUGUUUAUGGCAAUUAUCAUUAUCUGGCCCCGUCUGGCUUGCAUUGCCAGGUCUUCUUUUAUCAUGGAAUCAUCAAGGUAACUUUUCGGAUUCGUCAUACUUCGGGUGAAUGGUUUCGGUUUCGGUAUCGUUCGUGGCAGGUUGUCCAAUCCAGAUUACCUACAAAGAAAGAAAGUCAUGACCAUGUUCAAUUGUCCCAUUGACGUUAAAAAUCAUACCAAAAAAUAAUAAUAUAAGAUACCCC